AUGAGCGGCGCAGAGGAUACUAGUAGUAAUCCACCAGAUCUCGUGAAUGAGGACACCACUAGUACUCCAUCUCCCAAGAUGGAAACGAGCAAGACAGAAGACAGUGGUGGCGAGACGGAUGACUCUCUCGUCAUUGUGGAUCCUUCGGACGUCGUGACGGAUAGUCCACCGGAAGCCCUGCAGAUUUUCUCGAUUGGCAGUGAAGAGGAUGCGUAUUCCUUUACGUUCCACGAAGCGAAACUCCAGUCCGUCUUGGCCAAAGUACCCGAGGACUGCAAGGUCUCUGUCGUGAGUGUGGUGGGUGCCUUUCGAACCGGCAAGAGUUUUGUCUUGACUUUCUUUCUCCGAUUUUUGAAUCUGUUGGAAGAGAAUCCCAGUCUUGUGGAGGAAGACAGCCAAUGGUACAACCAAUUGGAGUCUGUUGGAAAUAAGGGCUUUGAAUGGAAGGCUGGAAGUGAACGAAAUACCACUGGAAUUUGGAUGUGGAAUCAGCCGUUCUUUCUGAAUGGUGGAAAAUUGGCAGUCUUGUUGGUGGACACCCAAGGCAUGUUUGAUCACGAGACCACCAUGACUCUCACCACCUGCAUUUUUGGAUUGGGAUGUCUCAUGAGUAGCUAUAUGAUCUACAAUGUCGACAAGCGAAUCCAGGAAGACAACCUGCAGCACUUGGCGCUCUUCACGGAAUAUGCCAAAAUGGCCAUGGCUUCCAACGAGACGGACCGAGACAAAAAGCCAUUUCAACUCGUUGAAUUUUUGGUCCGUGAUUGGCAGCACUUUGAUGAUGAGGAAGAGUCCGCUGUCAAAAUGGCAGAGUCGAUGCAGGCAUAUCUCAACGAUGAGGUCAUGCAAAUGAGAGAAGCCAACGAUUUGAAGGAGACGCGGGAGCAAAUCAACGAUUGCUUUCAGAAAGUAUCCUGCUUUGGACUCUGCCAUCCAGGAACCAAGGUGAAAAAAAAAAAGAGAGAGAGUGCUCAUGAAAUUGUACAGGUAAUAUACUAA